UCAUCUUCCCGCGGCUCGGCUUGUCCAAUUCCACCCUCCUCGCCGCCGUCCAGCUCCAUCUCUGAACAUCUAAACAUGUGGCAGUCUCUCAUUUGCUGAAAAUUCUAUUCAGCAACUGAUAGCAGAUCCCAAAACCUAUUUAAAUCCUCACGCUCCCUCUUCCCCUCCCCUCUGACUUGCUCUCAGGGAAUCGUUGAACCCGUCGUUUGCUUGCUCCCUCUACACUACCUAACCGGCUAACCCUCUCUCCCUAACUCCAUUCUCAUCUCCUCCUUUUAUUUAUUCCCCUGUUAUUCUCCUUCUAUUCUUCCUCUCCUCUCUGAAGACUCCGUCUCCGACGAUGUCCUCUCCGUUCUUCAUCCUCCUCCUAUUCUCCCUCUUCGCCGCCGUUCUGUCCCAACCACCGCAACCCAGAGGCUUCUUGUUAGAUUGCGGCUCUACCGUCGAUUCCACAAUCAGUGGCCUCCGAUGGCUCUCCGACGGUCCCUUCGUCGCCGCUGGCGUCCCUCGCAAUCUCUCCCUCGCCGGCCUCGCCCCGAUCCUCUCCACCCUCCGCUCCUUCCCUUUCGACCCCUCCGCUGGGCCCCGCAAGUUCUGCUACGUCUUUUUCGUCUUCCGUGGCGCCCGCUACCUCGUCCGCACCACCUACUACUACGGCGGCGUCAACGGCCCCGGCUCGCCGCCGGUCUUCGACCAGAUUGUGGACGGCACCUUCUGGACUAUGGUGAAUACAACUGCGGACUAUGCGGCCGGCGUGUCAUCGUACUACGAGGGCGUGUUCUUGGCGAUCGGGAAAACCAUGAGUGUCUGUGUCGCCGGCAACACGUAUACAGAAUCUGAUCCUUUUAUCUCUGCUCUCGAGGUGAUCCUCUUGGAUGAUUCGGUGUACAAUUCUACGGAUUUGAGGAAGAAUGCAAUGGGACUUAUCGCAAGGAGCGACUUUGGGUCCACCGGGAUGAUUGUGAGGUAUCCAGAUGACAAAUUUGAUAGAUAUUGGCAGCCAUUUUCAGACAGCACCCGUGGCCAGAGUAGCACCCAUAAUAUUUCAGUAUCUGAUUUCUGGAAUCUCCCACCUGCAAAUGUUCUUAACACUGCUCUAGUGGCCGGUUCAGAUAAAUUCUUGGUGUUGCAGUGGCCUCCUACAUCCCUACCAAACUCCAGCUACUAUGUUGCUCUUUAUUUUGCCGAUACAUUACCUGGGAGCUCCAGGAUAUUCAAUGUCUUUAUAAAUGACUACAGCUUCUACAGUGAUCUUACUGUUACUUCAUCUGGUCUUGUCGUAUUUGCAACCCAAUGGAUUCUCUCUGGUCUCACAAGGAUUACGCUGUCUGCUAGUCCUGGAUCUGUCCUUCCUCCCAUAAUUAAUGCUGGAGAGAUUUAUCGUCUUUUCUCUCUUGGAAGAGUAACUCAUACUGGAGAUAUAAUUGCACUGGUGGCAAUAAAGAAAAAUAUUAGUAAUCCACCACUUGAUUGGAGUGGAGAUCCGUGCAUGCCUCGUGAGUACUCAUGGACUGGAGUCACAUGCUCUGAAGGAACCCGAAUACGUGUGAUCACUCUAAAUCUGUCGAGUAUGGGUCUGUCUGGUUCUCUAUCGCCUAGUCUUGCCAGGCUGACUGCGCUAAGUGAUAUAUCUUUUGCAAAUAAUAACCUUUCUGGAAAUAUUCCAGAUCUUAGCCGAUUAAAGAGGCUUGAGAAAUUGCAUUUGCAGGACAAUCAAUUAACAGGAAGAAUCCCUUCAUCACUGGGGAAUAGUAAGAGGCUAAGUGAGCUCUUCUUGCAGAACAAUAAUCUGACUGGUGAAGUUCCAUCCAACCUAUUAGGGAAACCUGGAUUAAACAUUAAGCUGGUCCCUGGAAAUCCCUUCCUUUCUUCGCCUCCAAGUUCAUGAGUUGAUCUUGUCUCUUCAUCCGAAGGCAUAGGAUACAUCAAUACUUCAUUACAAUACGUGACGUAACAUUCAUUUGUUCUCCCAAAUAUUUGAAGUCGUCAAGAUCUUCAUGCUAGAUUACAACAGGCUGCCAGGACCAAAUUUCCUUUGAGGUGAGGAAUCUAGAAUGUUCCGCAGAAGCAAAUAGUACAUGUAAUAUUGCUGUGGAUAUGCGACAUGAAUUUAGUUUCAUCUUUUUUCCUGCCCUCUAAAUUAGCAGGAGUUCAAAUUCACUCCAAGCCCUGUUGUAUUUUUUAUAGUUUUCUGUAAACUAAUUCUUAAAUUAAGUCUGGUAUCUCGUUUAUACUUCAUAA